CCCAGCCGUCCUUCUCCCUCUCCCUCUUUCCCGUCAACCGCCGCCUACGGCGAGAAACCCUUGCCAAGUGCAUAGAAUCGCCGGCAAUUCAAUCGGAAUUUCCUUCCUGUCUUCAUUGGACUUAGCUGCAUAAUGCAGUCGGUCGAAUUAUCCACUUCCAUGGAGGUGGAGACAGCGGGAACGGCCGCCUCGCUGCCGCCGAAGCCUCAAUUUGAGCCGCUGAAGCCGCACGAGAUGUCCGACAGGAGGGUCCAGUUCCGGAAGGUCUCGGUCCCGCCGCACCGGUACUCGCCGCUGAAGAAGGCGUGGAUGGAGAUCUACAUGCCGGUGUACGAGCAGAUGAAGAUCGACAUCCGCAUGAACCUCAAAGCGCGCAAGGUCGAACUGAAGACGAGGUCCGACACCCCCGACGUUGGCAACCUCCAGAAGUGCGCCGACUUCGUCCACGCCUUCAUGCUUGGUUUCGAUGUCGUGGAUGCCGUUGCGCUCCUUCGCCUCGACGAGCUCUACGUCGAGUCGUUUGAGAUCAAGGAUGUGAAGACCCUGCGAGGUGAGCACCUCUCCCGAGCGAUCGGGCGACUUUCGGGCAAGGGAGGCAAGACGAAGUUCGCGAUAGAGAAUGCAACCAAGACGAGGAUCGUCAUUGCCGACACCAAGAUUCACAUACUUGGGUCGUUUGCGAACAUUAAGGUCGCGAGGGAUUCGCUCUGCAGCUUGAUACUGGGAUCGCCCGCCGGGAAGGUUUAUUCUAAGCUCAGAGCUGUCACUGCUAGACUUGCAGAGAGAUUUUGAUUCCGAUGAUCAUUGCUUCUUGUUUAUUGUGUUGGUCGUAAGUUCGAUUCGGUGUUCAAGUCCGAAGCUCGAUACAUCCAAUUUUGGCCUCUAGAGAGCGUGAGUUGUAUGAAAAACUCAAUCAUAGUGGUGAUGAGUUGCUUACAUCGCUCAAAGAAAUGAUCUUUUGAUUCUGCUGAGUUGCUGUGUUCUCACAUCAUUCUUUGUGAUUUUCGGGAUGUGCCUUAAUUAGGGAUCGAUGUGUCAAACGAGAUUGAAUC